AUGUAUUCUAUUGCCAAAUUUUCUCACCAUAAAGACACAGCCAUGAACACCACAAAAAGAUACAACCAAAUAUCCCAUUUCAGCCACUCAAAACACAAACUAACAUUCCAAUACUCCGAAUUCCCAUUCAAAUGUGAUGGCUGCAAAGAAAUUGGCAUAGGCUCACGUUACAACUGCGCCAUUUGUGAUUAUGAUCUUCACAUGCAUUGUUCCAUACCAUCUCCUUCUCUUUUCCACCCUUUCUAUCCAAAAUGUUGCUUUCAGUUCCUCUCAAAGCCACCCGGCGACAUACCUCGUUACUGUAAUGCCUGCGAAAAAAGUGUCACUGGUUUUGUUUAUCACUGCUUUUCGUGUGGUUUUGAUCUUCACCCUUGUUGCGCAAAGCUUCCAAUGAUACUUGAUGAUCACGGUGAAAUGAAGUUGUAUCUAUAUCGUAAAGUGAGUUCGUCGUGUCAGCGUUGUGGACAAAAAGGGCGCAGCUGGAGUUACAGGUCGUCGUGUAAGAAGUAUAACCUGCAUGUGGCGUGUGUGAGGGAGAUGAUUGUGGAGAGUUGGCAUCAGAUUUAUGUUAGUCAGAGCAAUGGAAGAGCAACAACAAUGGUUGAGACAAGAGUUCCUCUGAGUUUGAAGAAUGGUCUGCACACUGCACAAAAUGGUGGGGGAAGAAGCAAAAGUAAGGUGAGGAAGUGUGCUGAGAUGGCUGGAAUGGCUGUACAGAUAGUUGUGUCUGCUGUUUUAGGAGAUCCAACGGUUCUUAUUGCUGGGAUUAUGGGGUCAUUGAUGUCAAGAGCUUGA